AUGAUAAUUAAUUCAAAUAUUAACAAUAAUAGGAAUUCACAAACAAGAACAAUAAUAACACAUAAUAAUAUUAUUAAAGAUACUUCAAUUCGAGUAUCCAAGCCCGCAUUAGAUUAUGCAUCUGAAUAUCACCAUCAAUUGAUUAGAAUUGCAUAUGAUCCUAAAUUAAAAGAUCAACGCGAAGGAUCAAAAUUUAUUCAAGCAUUCAUUAAUUACACUAAAAUAGAUUUUUACAAUCAAAACAUAUCAGUUGAAUUAUUAGAUAAAAAAAAAGAAUAUGAUGCUCUGUUCAUUAGUCGUAAAAUAUCUAUUUUUGAACAAUUAUAUGAUGUAGAUGAAUUCUUACCAUUACCGAAACUAUUAAUAUGUUCUAAAUAUAAUCAACCUGGUCAUGUAAAAAACUAUUGUAAAAGUGCAAAUUUUAAUAUAUGUAGACGAUGUGGCAAUGAUCGGAGCAACAAUGAUAAUCACAAAGAAUGUAAAAUCAACUGUCAUCAUUGUAAAGGAGAUCAUAUCUCUACGGACUACAAAUGUUCAUUUAUACAAGAAUAUCGUCGUAGGUUAAUAAUCGAAUUACAAAAACAUCCUGAUUUUUUAUCACCUGAUAUUCAAUUAUUUGUUCCAUCUGAAUAUCGGGAACAAGGUGACAGAACCAAAAUAAUUUUCAAUAAAUCGGCACAAAACUGUCAACAACGAUUUGAUCAACAAUUGAUCUAUGACAGAAAUUAUUUUAAUGUAUGGUCACAAAUAUCAUCUCAUUCUUCAAAUACCAACAUGGAAUCUUUAAUAAUGAAUAUUCAGCAAACACUAAAAGAUAAAAUAAAAGCAAUAAACAAUGAAUUAAAUCAAUAA